AUGGGAGAACACAGGAAUAAAACUGAAAAUGCUUGUGAUAACCAAGGAGAUCAGAGGAACAAAAAUGAAAAUGUUUAUGAUAACCAAGGAGAACUGAGGAGCAAAAGUGAAAAUGUGCAUAAUAACAAAGGAGAACAGAGGAACAAAGGUGAAUAUGCUUAUGAUAACAAAGGAGAACAGAAGAAUAAAAUUGAAAAUGCAUAUAAUAAUCAAGGAUUUACUGAAUGGGACAUUUAUCCAGACAAUCAGUACGGACAUCAGGCAGAUCCAUCAUGUCUGAAAUCACAAGCCAUUGACCUGACGAAAUUUGAGAAGCUGGAUGCAUAUGCUUCUAAGGUUAUUGCAACUGGUAGUAUGGAGUCCUUGGUGAAGGCCUUGCUCAAGGAAGCUCAUUCUGACCUUGAAAAAGUUAGGGCAAUCUGGAUAUGGAUUUGUCAUCACAUAGAAUAUGAUGUAAAAGGAUAUCACAAUAAAAGACUAAGACGUUGUGCACCAGAUGAUGUUUUACACACGAGACAAGCUGUAUGUUCCGGGUAUGCGGGAUUGUUCAAACAGAUGUGCAGUUUUGCAGGGGUUAGAUGUGAAGAGAUAUCUGGGUACUCCAAAGGCUAUAGCUACAAAAUAGGUACAACAUUCAAGGACACUAAUCAUGCAUGGAAUGCGGUUCAUCUAGAUGGGAAAUGGCACCUACUGGACAGCACGUGGGGUGCUGGUAAUGUACAGGAGAACUGUACAGUAUUUUCAUUCAACUACAAAGAGUUUUAUUUCUUAACGCAUCCUGCACUCUUCAUCGAGGAUCACUAUCCGGUUAACACUGUCUGGCAGCUUCUAAACCCAGUUGUACCUCUCAAGCAAUUCGAGAGUCGCAUAAUGAAGAGUGGUUCAUUUUUCGAAAUGGGUCUUGUCUCACUGCAUCCAGAAACUGCUGAAAUAAAAACAGUGAAUGGGAAAACUACUAUUACCAUAGAAGGCACCUGUCAUACACUCUUCUUAUUCGAUUUAAAUGGGAAAUGCGAACAUGGUUUAAUGACUUUGACAAACAAUGGCAUGGUUCUUGAGGUCUACCCACGUACAAAGGGAGAGCAUAGGCUAGUAUUGUUUGCUAAAGCUUUUGAUGCAAAAAGUGAAAAUUUUGAGUACAUUUGUGAAUACCGACUGACCUGUAAUUCCAUCAAUGCAAACUUCUAUAUCCCAAAGGAUUUGAUGAAUCCUGUAGGACCUAGCUGGCUGACUGAAAACAAAGGCCUUUGUGGUGCUUCUCAGCCAAAUCCAAUUAUUUAUACUAAUGAUGGACGAUGCUCUGUGAACUUUUGUUUAGAGAAAAAUCUGGAAUUUACGGCCACACUACAAUCAGAUGAUGUCAUAAUAAAUAAAAACAUCUUGAACAGGCACAUUUUCCAGAGAAAGUGGAACAACAUAAUUGAAUUUAAUAUACAGUUGCCUCAAGCAGGUUUAUUUGUUUUAAGCAUUUUUGGAAAAGAAAAGUCUGCCUCAGGUAACUCGUAUGAUUAUAUAUGCAAUUACUUGAUUUCCUGCACUAACCCUGAGGUGAAAUGGUCUAUGUUCCCACUGAACUAUGAAUCCUGGUCUAUAGAUUAUGAGUUGGUAGAACCGCUUGCUGGGAUACUGCCUGCAAACCGCGAUAUCCAUUUCAAGCUUAAGGUCCCUGAUGUUUCCACUGUGAUUGUAAAUGGCAAAGAUGAAUAUCCCCUAACAAUGACCACAGAUGGAUACUGGGAGGGAAUAUACAACACAGUAGGCUGCAAACAGCUGAAUGUUAUCAUACCCGACAAAUAUAGAGAUAAUUAUUACACUUUCAUUCUGUCUUAUCAAGUUGAGAAAGAAUAGCUUGAUAUGUAACUGGACUAAAUGUUGAUGAACAUUUUUCUUUUGACAUGCAUAAUGUAAGAUUUCAGCACACAGAAAACCUCAGUUUUAGAAGAUGCAAUGUUAAUGCUGUUGUAUGCCGAAAAUUUCCUUAUCACAUACAGUUUAGCAUAUAGACAGAUCCAAAAUGGAUCACAUAGUGGGCAUUUUUAAUCUUUUUUUAUCUGCAGCAGGUAUUUAAGAAAUCUUCCUUAUUCAGGAGAACAGGAAGUAAAAAAAAUAGAGGUGGAGCUAAGAGAAGUUCUCAGAGAUGGAAUUCUAUCUCUGACCCACUCUGGGUCAUUUAAGGCAAACUUUCAUGGUCUUUGUAUUUACCCUUAGUUUGUGAGUUCUGAGUCUUGUACUAAUAGAAAUGAAAAAAAAUGUAAUUAUUAAAUAAAUAUUAAAGACAGAUGAUAAAUGAUACUGACAAAUGCACAUCAGA